AAUUCUGUAACCACUGCUUGCAUGUAUGUGAGCAAAUAUAACAUCAAGUGCAUGCUGACAAGUUAAACAGGAUGGUCAAAUUUUGCUAAAAACAUUUACCCCAUACGGGUUUGUGUACAUUUGAAACAAAAUGUGACUCUUUGUGCAAAGACAGGAUUAAAUGAAUUACUUUUAUUCCCUCAACUACUAUAUAUAAAAUGUGGGUGUGGAGCAUUCAGGUGUGUUAACACAAUGCAAUGGAGGAAAGACAUCAACAAUGAUUUUAGAAAAGCAAUUGUUGAAGCAAUUGUUGCUGUCCAUCAAUCAAUCUGGGAAAGUUAUAAGGCCAUUUCCAAAUAUUUCAGUGUUCAUCAUUCUACAGUGAGGAACAUUAUUCACAAAGAAAAUAACUUUCACAGCAGUUGCCAAGUUUCCCGGAAGUGGAUACUCCCCCAAGAUCUCAGGAGUGCAUUAUGGGAAGGAGCUGUUUGCUUUGUGCUGGGAGCAGUGGGAGGAUGUGCAUUAGGUGCCACAGUGACUCCGGUACACCAGGCCAUGACUGAGAUUAUCUCAGGAUCACUACUAAAACCAGUUAUGGAUGGAGUGAGGACUAUAGGGCCACUGGGUUUGGGGACUUUGCUCGGAGCGACUGCAUUAUCCACAACAAUGACCACAUCUGCAGCAGGAGUUACUGUGGCUGCUUUAGUUACUUUGCUGAUCAUAAAGUUCAAGAAAAAUGAAUCUCCAAGUGGAUUUGUGUUGAUUGCCACUGGGCUAGCUGCAUCCCUUGGCACAACAUCUUUUGGAGCAGCACUUGGGGUUAUUAUAGAAAAGUAUAUCAUGAGGUCUGGGGUUGUGGCGCUACUUUGGGCUCUGGGGAUACUAAUUGUGUUUAAAGCAUUUAUUCACAUUGUUUUACAUUUGGCAGUCAGAGAAAGAACGUGCUGUAGUGUCCUUGACAUGCCGGCUGAAGAGCAAUUUUACAAUAGACUAGACUUUUUAGAUGCUGGACAGUUAGAGAAAGUCACUGUGGAGAUUGAACAGAUGCUGAUAAUACUUGAAACAGAAAAAAGCUUUGAUGGAGAGAAUGUGCAUAAUUCUAGAGUUCCUUGGGAGACCCAAGGAUGGAAAAGAGUGGAAAUGAAGCAACAUCAAAAUAAAGCAAGAGAGCUGACAAAGGAGCAAAGGAGGUUUUGGGAGCAUCUGACCAGCAUUGUAGUUAAAUAUGUAGAGUUUUUGACUUUCUCUGGCUUUCCAAUGACAGUGAGUGCUGCUGUUACUGCUGGCUUUGGGAUCUUUGGAUUUGGGGACUACAGAUUUGUUUUUGUCGUCCUAAUAACCCUAGUCCUCUGCAUGGCCUUCCUGUUAAUGAGGUCAAUGCAUUUAAACUUCUGGAUGUUCACAGCCUGUGUGGGAAUGUUUGCUACAUUCGCCAUUGCUGUGCUCACUGUGCAUGCAGGACAGGAAGUACUGGAGAUGUCUGUAAGAAUGCAGAAGGCUGGACAGGUGCUUAGUAGAGAGAACAUUUCUGCCAGGAUGGAGCACAAAUCAUCAGUAGAAGCCAUAGCAUCAGGGUUUUUUGUAUCCAAAAUGUUCCAGAUUGCUUUAGGUGCCACGGUUGGUGGUUCAGUGGAUCAGAAGGUGUUGGAUAAAGUUAUAGUGGGAGCAGCUGUUACAACAGUAGCCCUUCUCUCUAUAGUUGAAGCCUUAUCAGUAGCUCUGGGGAUUGGUGGUGUGACAGGUGCAUUGCUGGGAGCAGUAGGCACAGCCGGGGUCUCUAUGGGGGGAGCUGCAGCUGUAGCACUUCGGUGCUCGUCAUGGGCUGGCACCAUAAGCACUACAGCUGGGAUGUUAUCCGGAGCUUUCAUCAUUGGAAACUGGGACAUCACUAAUAUUGGACUGCAGGUGCUUGUGGCCUACGUGUUUGCUAUGAUAAGUCCAUACUAACUGAUAUCCUGUGUGAGGAUUUAACCAUAGUCCAAUAACGUUUUUAUUUUAUUUAAUUUUAUUUUAUGUAAACUCUAUUAAAUGCAUAAACAUUUGA